AUGAAAUCUAAAGCCCAGAAGAACAAGAACAAGUCGAAGAACGAAUAUUAUGCCGUUUACAAAGGCCGCGUUGAUGAGCUAACCAUCUUUUCAUCUUGGGGCGACGCACAUCCACGAGUGACUGAAUGCGAUGCAGAUCACGGCGCUUUCCCAACUCUUGAAGAAGCUCGAGACUCUAUGAAAAGACGUGGAAUCAUAGGGCCUAAGGAAGUUUUCAAGGAGGGAGCAGGUGAGACUGCACCAUUACCAGGCAACCAGGCAUUCUAUGCCGUAGCCUAUGGUAGAAAUCCUGGUAUUUAUGAAGACUACCACAAAGAAGCUGGUGCGGAAUCAAAAGUUAACGUUUUUCCCGGAUCUUGUCAUAAGGCUUUUAGAACGCGAGCUCAGGCGGAAGCUUUCAUUGAGGAUUGGAAAGACACGUAUGCUGAAAUAUGGCGAAGAGAGAUACGCAAGGCGCUGGAUCAAGGCCUUAGGCCCGAGAAUCUAAAGUUCCAGGUUGAAAAGGUACUACAUUCUCAGGAGAGCAGUGAAUUAUCAGAUCAAUUCAGCAUUUUAAGUGUAAAGAAAGAAUAG